AGGCUCAGUUGCUGUCCGCACCUCUCGUCUGUCGCACGGGGGAGGAGGGUCAAUCUACCAAGCCUGCUGUGAUAGUUGGAGCGCCCUUCGGCUCCUAGAUCCAGCACUCGAGGAGGUUGUUGUAAUGAUGUUGUUGUUGCUGGUGGCGGCGACGGUGAGCGCGGCUUCGCUGGAGCCGGCGCUGCCCAAGGGCCACCGCAUCGUGCCCGUGCCCGUCCACGUGUACGGGCCCGAAGUCCCUGGGCUCUUCGGUCCGGCCAGUCAGCGGCGGGACUACCUGGAGCGCAUCCUCUACACCUACAGAUACACUCCGUCCGAGGUCAACAUCCGCCAUAAGGGUCAGAAUCCCAUCACGUACCAAGUGCCCGCCGCCCAAAGGUUCGAGCCCAAAGAGCAGGCCUUCAGCAGGGGCCACAUCGAAGCCUUCCCGGGCCAAGAGGAUGCUAAUGUCGUGCCCUAUUAUCAGAACCGCGUGGCCUUCGAGGAGGAUCCCGAGUUCCUCCGAGACGCCGUGGAGCACGUGCCCAUCGAGGCCCUGCCCUACAUGGCCGAGUACGAGCCUGAGGAGGACGCCGUCUUCUCUCGCGGCGACGUCGAGUCCUACCCACACUUCCCGACACCCUACUCCGGUGGCUUCGAGGACGAGGGCAUGGACGCCUACGUGAUCGAGACCCCGCAGGAUAUGUACGGCUGGGCAGGAUACAGAGCAGCUGUCGAAUCGCCUCCUCUGAAGAUUCCGACGCACGACCCCGAGGAAGCCAAACCCGUGCAGCCGCAGCUCAACAGCCGCCCCUUCGGCCCUUGGUCUGAGACCCUCCUGAGCCAAGACGUUUCUGACGACGACGACGACGUGGUAGAAGUAGGAGGCCCUAACUCCUUCGUGGACACCUUCAGCUCCCUGGCCGGCGCCGAUCUGUGGAAGUACUACAAUGACAUCAGGAGCCAGAAGUCGGACUACAAGCUGGUGUGUUAUUACGGCGGUUGGUCCGUGUACAGGCCCGAGCCUUUCGACUUUACGGUGACGGACAUCGACCCCUUCUCCUGCACCCACGUCAUCUACUCCUUCGCAGGACUCAAGGCUAACGAAUACACGAUCCAAGCCUUAGAUGAGGAAACGGACAUCGUGAAGGGGGCGUACAAGGCAGCCGUCGGCCUCAAGAACCAGAACCCCGCCCUCAAGGUGAUGAUCGCCAUCGGAGGCUGGAACGAAGGCGGCAAGAAGUACUCGGAGAUGGCCUCGAGCAAGCAGAGGAGGGAGAAGUUCGUGGCCUCCGUCGUGAGUUUCCUGCAGGAGCACAAGUUUGACGGCCUCGAUCUGGACUGGGAGUACCCUGGCGCCAGCGACCGCGGCGGCCGCUGGUCCGACAAGGCCAACUUCGCCGACCUCGUGGAGGAGCUCGCGGCGGCUUUCCAACCUCACGGGUGGAUCCUGUCUGCCGCCGUGUCUCCCGCGAAGUUCCGCGUGAACGAAGGCUACGACGUGCCCCGCCUGGCCCAGCACCUCGACUUUAUCAACAUCAUGACCUACGACCUACGAGGACCCUGGGACGGCAAGGCUGACCACCAUGCCCCCAUCUCCGCCCGCCCCUCCGACAGCUGGGCCUACAAAGCCCUGAACACGAAGGACGGCAUCGCAUACUGGGCCGAGAAGGGCGCCCCGAAGGAGAAGCUCCUGAUGGGCAUCCCAUUCUACGGCCGCACCUUCACCCUCGCCUCGUCCGACACUCAACCCGGGGCACGGGCGAAAUCCGGAGGUAACGAGGGACAGUACACUCAGGAGCGAGGCUUCCUUGCCUACUACGAAGUGUGCCAAGAGAUGCGCAAUGGCGGCUGGGACAUGCAGGAGGACGCGGUCGGAGGCCCGUACAUGAGCAAGGGAGACCAGUGGAUCGGUUGGGACGACGUCGAUUACGUCAACAAGAAGAUGGAGCUGGUGAAGUCCGAGGGCCUGGGCGGCGCCAUGGUCUGGGCCAUCGAUCUGGACGACUACCUAGGUGUGUGCGGAGACAAGUGGCCUCUCCUGACGGCCAUGCGUCGUGGUCUCGGCCUCAGUGCCCUGCCGAGCACCCCGGGCGCCAUCCCCAUCAAUCCUCCGGCAGAGACUUCAACAACCGCUGCUGCCGACACCACCAAAGUCACCACGGCUGCUACAACUGUUGAGGAAACGAUGCCAGAACAAACCGCGACUCAAACGCCCUUCGACACCGAGGACAUGACAACGUUACCUCCGACCACCCUCACGCCCACGGAAUCGACGCCGGCGCCUAACUUCACCUGCCCAGGUCCCGGCUUCUUCAGAUCGGCCGAGGACUGCGCCGUGUACUUCCUCUGCGACUCGUCCCUCAUGGCCUACAAGUUCGUGUGUCCCGCCGGCCUCGUCUUCGACACCCUCCGCCGCCUCUGCAACUGGCCGCGUCACGUCAAGUGCGGGGCGGCGUCUUCGCCUCUCAAAAGGAAAGCCAUCAAGUGUGACAAAGAUGGUCUAUACAGUGACGAGUACGACUGUCGCAUGUUUACCUGGUGUAGGAAUGGCGUGGCGUCGAGGUAUUCCUGCCAGAACGGACUCUACUUCCAUCCCAGGACAGGAGUGUGCACAGAACCCAACCAGAAGUUCUGUCUGCCUGGGCAAUCCGUCAUGAUUGAAGGUUCUGACGAGAACGAGAUCACGCUCAAGAUGGCUCAGCGGGCAGGCUCAGAAAACAAAGUGGUGUGUUACUUCACCAGCUGGGCGUACUACAGACCCGCCCCCCACAAUUUCGCUCCCGAAUACGUGGACCCAAAUCUCUGCACCCACAUCAUAUACGCAUACGCUAUGUUGGACGGCUCCGAACUCAUCAUGAGGUCGCUCGACCCCUAUCUCGACUUCGAUUACAAAUUCUACCAGCGCAUCCUGGCCCUGAAGAGAGAGGCACCCAACGUGAGGGUGAUGCUGGCACUGGGCGGCUGGGUGGACUCCACGGGCGACAAGUACUCUCGCCUCGUCAACAACCCGAAGGCCAGAGCGAACUUCGUCGAACACACAACGCAGGUUCUGACAGCGUACCGCUUCGACGGCCUGGACUUCGGCUGGAUGUACCCGCGGUGCUGGCAGAUGGACUGCUCCAAAGGCCCCGCCUCAGAUGUCUCGGGCUUUGCGAGUCUUAUAAAGGAACUGAAAAUGGCCUUCGCGCGAGCCUCCCCGCCCCUCCUGCUCUCCGCCGCCGUCUCGCCCGCCCGCAACACCAUCGACAGGGCCUACGACGUCCCGACGCUCUCUCGCUACCUGGACUUCAUCAACGUCAUGACGUACGACUUCCACGGCGCCUGGGAGAGGGAGACCGGCCACGUCUCGCCCCUCACGUUCAGGGACGGCGAUCGGUACGCUUCUCAAAACACGGACUACUCCAUGAAGCACUGGGUGGAGCGCGGCGCCGACCCGAGUAAGCUGGUGAUGGGCAUCCCCUUCUACGGCCAGACCUUCACCCUGGCCAACCCGCUGCAGAACGGCCUCCGCGCGCCGGUGUCCAAGAACGGGGACGCCGGCCCGGUCACCCGCCAGAGGGGCAUGAUGGCCUACUUCGAGAUUUGUAAGAUAGUUCGCACCCCCGGCUGGAGCAAGGUCGUGGACGCCAAGGGCGCGAUCGGGCCAUUCGCACACAAGGGCGACCAGUGGUACAGCUACGAGGACCCCGACUCCGUCACCAGAAAAGCUAACUACAUCCUCAGCAGCGGCUACGGCGGCGCCAUGGUGUGGGAUCUCAGUUUCGACGACCUCCUGAACGACUGCUGCCGCGAAUCCAUGCCGCUCCUGCGUUCCAUCAACAGGGUCCUGCGAUCCGUGCCCUAUCCUCCACCCAGACCCGGAGGAGGCGACUGCUCGAGGCCGCCCGUGGACACCACCCCGCCGACGCCCGCGCGCACGACUACCUAUGCCUCAGACACCAUCCAGGGCAAACCCACGGAGUCCACCUGGGGCCUCUUCAACCUCACCUCCGGCUCCACGACGAAGUCCACCCCGUCGUGGCAGACCCCCUGGACCCCCACGACCCCGAGCCCGCGACCACCUACCACCCGGCGCACCACCUCAACCACCUCGACCACGCAGACGACCCCUCGCACCACCUCGCCCUGGUGGGUCCAACCUUCAACCUCCACGACCCCAAGAACGACGACCUGGUGGUGGAGGCCCCCAACCACGACCACGACGACACGAAUGCCCAUCACCAGAACCACGACUCCGACCACUACCACCACCACCACCACCACCAGACGCACGACGACGACCUCGAGGCGUCCUAUUUACACAACGACGACCCCGAGACCCAAGCCACAGCCCGCGCCGCCCGCCCCAGGGGGUGGCAAGAACCCGGGCGAAAGUUGCAGAAGCGGGGAGUACCAUCCCAAGGCGGGCGACUGCGGCUACUUCCUGAGAUGCAGUAACGGGGUGCUAGAAGAAGCUCGCUGUGCCCCGGGACUGCACUGGAACCAGGCAAAGAAGAUUUGCGACUGGCCGCAGAACGCUAACUGUGGGAAACAGCCAAGCGGGCCGGCGACCACUCCCCCCCCUUUCUUACCCCCCUCGACCACCACCACCGCACCCUGGUGGACAACACGCUCCACUGCACGCCCUACCACACGUCCCACCACCAGACCUUGGUGGCAACCCUCGCAGCGUCCUACAUACCCUACCACACGCCCCCCUACCACCACCAGACCUUGGUGGCAACCUCCCACACGCUCUACCAGCAGACCCUGGUGGCAGUCCACACGCUCCACCUUCUUAUCCUCUUCCACUACCACUACCGCCCCUCCAGCCACCCGUCCUUCGCCGCCGUCGCCCUCAGAGUCCGGCGAGGAGUCCUGCGACCCAGGCCAGACGUCGGGCGUGCCAGGCGACUGCAGCAGCUUCCGCCAGUGCCACAACGGCGACUGGGUGGUCCUCUCGUGCGCCCCCGGCCUGCACUGGAACGAACGCCUCAAGAUCUGCGACUGGCCUCAGAGGGCCCGUUGUAGGAGUACCGCCACCACCCGCGGCCCCGACAUGUUCAAGAAGUCCACCUGCACCACGGAGGGAGAGGCCUACGCGGGCCCCCAGUGCACCGCCCUAGUAAGGUGCGCUGCAGGACAGCUCGUCGUGCAGCACUGCACGGGCGGCCUCGUGUGGAACAAUGAGCAGGCCGUGUGCGACUUCCCCUCCAACGUUCCAAAAUGCUCGGGCGUUACGCUCACGCCAGCCUCCGAAGCUCUCCGUCCCGCUGAGGUCACGGGCUCCACGGUGUCCAGCAAGCUCACCACGCCCAGCAUCGACGUCAGCCUCCCCUGCAACGAAGGCUCAUACAUCCGCGACCCGAAGGACUGCAGCUCGUACAUGCUCUGCGUGCACGGCGAGUGGCAGAAGUUCAGUUGCCAGCCGCCCCUGCAAUGGGACCAGAACAAGCGUAUCUGCGACUGGCCGAGCAACGUGAAGUGCACCCCGAGCGACGCUGGCACCGUCUCGCAGGUGGGCGUCGGCACCGUGCCCACCCAGGCCUCCGUGGGUGGUUCUGUCACCCGACCCACUCCGCCCCCACCCCCACCGCCGUCGGUUGAGCUCGAACCGGUCGGAUCUUCGGGUGCCCUGUCAGGAGACUACAUGGUCGUGUGUUACUUCACCAACUGGGCCUGGUACAGACCCGGUGAAGGCAAAUACAAGCCCGAGGACAUCGACCCAACGAUCUGUACCCACAUCGUCUACGGCUUCGCUGUUCUGGACUACAGCAACCUCAUCAUCAAACCCCACGACACUUGGGCUGACUUUGACAACAAAUUCUACGAGAAGGUCACCGCUCUGAAGGCCAAGGGCAUCAAGGUCACCAUCGCUAUCGGAGGCUGGAACGACUCUGCCGGAGACAAGUACAGUCGCCUUGUGAACAACCCCGCCGCUCGAAGCAAGUUCAUCACCCACGUCGUCGAGUUCAUCAAGAAACACAACUUCGACGGUCUGGAUCUCGACUGGGAGUACCCCGUGUGCUGGCAGGUCGACUGCAAGAAGGGGCCGCCCUCCGACAAGGAAGCCUUCGCCAUGUGGGUCAAGGAACUCAGCGCCGCCUUCAAGCCCCACGGCCUCCUGCUCUCGGCCGCCGUGUCGCCCAGCAAGAAGGUCAUCGACGCAGGCUACGACGUCCCCACCCUGAGUCAGUACAUGGACUGGAUCGCCGUCAUGACCUACGACUUCCACGGCCACUGGGACAAGAAGACAGGUCACGUCGCUCCUAUGUACUACCACCCCGAAGACGACUACGACUAUUUCAACAUGGACUUCGCCAUCCGCUACUGGAUCGAGAAGGGCGCCGCCAAGAACAAGCUGGUCCUCGGAAUGCCUCUGUACGGACAGUCCUUCUCCAUCAACGACCCCAAGAACACCGGCCUCAACUCCCCAGCGAGGAGCGGAGGGCAAGCGGGACCUUUCACGAGGGCGCGAGGAUUCCUGGCGUAUUAUGAGAUCUGUCACUUCAUUCAGCAAGGCUGGACUGUCGUGACGGAUCCUGAGGGAAGAAUGGGUCCUUACGCCUACUCUGGAAACCAAUGGGUAUCCUUCGACGACGUGGAAACGAUCAGGAGGAAGUCGCAAUACAUCCGCGAAAUGGGUCUUGCGGGCGGCAUGGUCUGGGCCCUCGAUCUCGACGACUUCAGGAACCGCUGCGGACAGGGCGCCCACCCGCUCAUGAACACCAUUAAGGCAGUGCUUGGUCCGCCCAAAGGAGCUGGUGAUGCCUCCGUCACAGGGACUGUAGCACCACCGCCAGUACCAGUGCCAGAGAACACGACUCCGAUGAGCAGAGUGCCGACCCCGACUCAGCCUGAAAGCGUGCAGCCAAGCGGCUCAGGUGACUACAAGGUGGUCUGCUACUUCACCAACUGGGCCUGGUACCGACCUGGCGAAGGAAAGUAUACUCCUGACGACAUCGACGCCUCCCUCUGCACCCACAUCGUCUACGGCUUCGCGGUCCUCAACGGCAACAACCUCCUGAUCAAACCCCACGACACAUGGGCUGAUUUUGAUAACAAGUUCUACGAGCGCGUGACAGCCCUCAGGGCCCAGGGCGUCAAGGUCCUGGUGGCUAUCGGAGGCUGGAACGACUCUGCAGGCAAUAAGUACAGUCGUCUUGUGAACGACCCAGCUGCUCGGGCUAAGUUCAAUGAACACGUUAUUCAGUUCAUUCAGCAGAAUAACUUCGACGGUCUGGAUCUCGACUGGGAGUACCCCGUGUGCUGGCAGGUGAACUGCAACAAGGGCCCCGCCUCCGACAAGGACGCCUUCUCCGCCUGGGUGAGGGAGCUCAAGGUGGCCUUCGAACCCCACGGCCUCCUGCUCUCGGCCGCCGUGUCCCCGAGCAACAAGGUCAUUGACGCCGGCUACGACGUUCCGGUUCUGAGCCAAUACCUGGACUGGAUCGCCGUCAUGACCUACGAUUACCACGGUCAGUGGGACAAGAAGACAGGUCACGUCGCCCCCAUGUAUGCGCACUCCACGGACGAGAACUUAGCGUUCAACACAAACUUCACCAUCCACUACUGGAUCGAGAAGGGCGCCGAGAGGAAGAAGCUGGUCCUCGGGAUGCCCAUGUACGGCCAGUCCUUCACCCUCGCCAGCAGCCAGGACAACGGCCUCCUGCAGAAGUCCUACGGAGGCGGUGAAGCAGGACGUUACACUCGUGCCCGCGGUUUCUUGGCCUACUACGAGAUCUGCUACAAGAUCAGGAGCGGCGGCUGGACGGUGGUGCGGGACAGCGAGGGCACGAUGGGCCCCUACGCCUACAAGGGCAACCAGUGGGUCGGGUUCGAUGACGUCCACACUAUCCGAUACAAGUCCGAAUACAUCAAGAAAAUGGGUCUUGGCGGCGGCAUGAUCUGGGCCCUCGACCUCGACGACUUCAGGAACCGCUGCGACUGCGAGACACAUCCUCUCCUCAGGACGAUCAACCGCGUACUGAGGAACAUCCCCGUGCCGGACCCGGGUUGCCCGCUGCUCGGAGGCGCCGCCCCCACCAUGGGCAUUGUCCAACCAGGCAUAACCGUCGUGCGCGAGGAGACGACGACUGCGGUGGCCGUGAUGACGUCACCGCCCCCGAAGCCCAACACGGUGGCACCCGGUCCUUCCCGCCAGACGGAGUGCCAGACCGGAGAGAGCCGCGGCCACCCGACCAACUGCAACAUCUUCUACGUGUGCGUCUUCGGCAAGUUCGAGGAGAAGAGGUGCCACGCCGGACUGCACUGGAACGGCAAGGACCGCUGCGACUGGCCAGACAAUGCAGGUUGCUCCGGCGGCUCUUCCUCGUCCGGACCCUCCCCUCCCGAAUCCACCGCUGCCCCCACCCCUACCUCCACCACCACCAACCCCUGGUGGCCGCGACCGACAACCACCUCCAAGCCGACCACCACCACCAUCGCCACUCACAUUGAAACGAUCAUCCCGGACACAGGAUACAAGGUGGUAUGUUACUUCACCAACUGGGCCUGGUAUCGACAAAGUGCCGGCAAGUACAGACCUGAAGACAUUGACCCACACCUCUGCACUCAUAUUGUAUACGGCUUCGCUGUUCUGGACGGCACUCGGCUCCUCAUUAAGCCCCACGACACUUGGGCUGAUUAUGAUAACAAGUUCUACGAGAAGGUAACCGCACUGAGGGCGAGAGGCAUCAAGGUCACCAUCGCUAUCGGAGGCUGGAACGACUCUGCCGGAGACAAGUACAGUCGCCUUGUGAACAACCCCGAAGCUCGCAGGAGGUUCAACGAGCACGUUAUUGAGUUCAUCAAGACACACAACUUCGACGGUCUCGAUUUGGACUGGGAAUAUCCCGUCUGCUGGCAGGUGAACUGCAAGAAGGGCCCCGCCUCCGACAAGGCCGCCUUUGCCGAAUGGAUCAAGGAACUGCACUACGCCUUCAAGCCCCACGGCCUCCUCCUCUCCGCCGCCGUCUCUCCGAGCAACAAGGUCAUCGACGCAGGCUACGAUGUCCCCGCUCUGAACCGGUACCUGGACUGGAUCGCCGUCAUGACCUACGAUUACCACGGCCACUGGGACAAGAAGACAGGUCACGUCGCUCCUAUGUAUGUCCACCCUGACGACGAGAACAUAUACUUCAAUUCUAACUUCACCAUCCACUACUGGAUGGAGAAGGGCGCCGACCGCAAGAAGCUGAUCAUGGGCAUGCCCCUCUACGGCCAGUCCUUCUCCCUGGCCUCAGCCUCCGACAACGGACUCAACCAGAAGGCGUACGGACGCGGCACUGCAGGAGAGUACACGAGGGCCGGCGGCUUCCUGGCCUACUACGAGAUCUGCGACCGCGUCUUGAACCGUGGCUUCACCGUUGUCAAAGAUCCCGAAGGCAGAAUGGGUCCUUAUGCCUACAAUGGAAACCAGUGGUUCGGAUACGAUGACAUCGCUAUGAUUCGAUACAAGUCCGAAUGGGUCAAGAAGAUGGGUCUCGGCGGCGGCAUGAUCUGGGCCCUCGACCUCGACGACUUCAGCAACCGCUGCGGCUGCGAACCCCACCCGCUCCUCCGCACCAUCAACAGAGUCCUGAGGAGCCAUCCCGACCCAGAUCCCAGGUGCAACAUGUAAGGAGGAGGAAAAAAAAGCGAGGGAGGGAAGCGAGCCCGAAGGAGGGACGCAGACAUCCGAUUUCGCCGAAUGUUCUCGCUCGAUCGGACAUGCGGCGGCCGAUGCUGAUCUGCUGUAUCGGAUCCUGAGAUGCUAGAUAAAGUGCUUAUCUGCUGCGUCUUAGGGAAUUGUGGAGAUGCUGGGAAUAUCAGUCGAAAUGAAAUGAAAUGUGUUGGUUCUGCGGACUCGCGCCUUGUAGGUUUUCAUAAUGUGGAGGCGAGCAAGGUGACCAUAAAUGUAAAGAUUCCUCAAUGACAAUAUCAAAUUUAAAAAGAAAAGAAGGAAGUAAAGUCGACUUAUCUGUAAAUAAAGAACCUUUCAAAAAAUGACAAAAAAGUCACCAUACUUGAGCAUUCACAAGACCUUAAUCGGAGACACCCUUCCUCCUUGGGGCCACCCCUUCCUCCCUCCCCUCCUCCCCCCGCAACCCCCCGGUGCAUCACUAAGGGGCAUACAAGGAGUUCUGCGUGACGACCUCUGCUAUGCCUUGAGGUUUGUAAUUAGCUCAUCCAGGAGAGGCUAACGAUUCUGCUACCUGAGCGACGAGAGGGAAUGGCGACGUCGUUUCAAAUUGAAAUGAGAAGGAGAAAUGAGUCCCUCGCUGGGGGCUCCCUCAUCGCCCUUCCCUCUUCCUCCAUCCGCUUCCCUUUGGCUUCUUCUCCUCUCUCCCUUCUCCUCUUUCUCCUCCUCGACGUGAUCGUCAGCCUCGGCAGUGCAAUAUAAAAAAGGAGAAUCAGAAUGAGCGCAACACAAAAGAAAAAAACAAUAAAAACAAAAAAUAAAUAAAUACAAAAAAAAAUGCUACGCGAUGUUUCAAAGUCGGGCUCUCACUGUCUGGUGCCUCCCCCCCCCUCUCCCCCUCUCCCGCUCACCCCUCCAGUGAUAAUUUAUUGGAAUAAAAAUCGUGUUUUUUUCUAAGCACGAUUUUAGAUUUCCUUCUUGUUAUUAUUGUUAUCAUUACUGAUAUCUUUGUGUAUUUACUCUCUACACAUCUACAUUUUGCUGCCAGAGUGCCAAACCUAUGCUGUGUCGCGCAAUGUUAUGUCUCUUAUUAUUAUUAUUAUUAUUAUUAUUAUUAUUAGCAUUGUAAUGAUUAAUCAUUAUUACUAUGAUUUAUUAUUGUCCUCCUAUUAGGCCACGAGUCUGGCCUUGUGGCAUUAUCUAUUCUUAUUUAUCAGUAAAAUGUUAUAAAAUCC